GGAGGGAGGGGGGUGGGGAGGAGGGAAUCUUAUAUCACGUGACAGGGGCGGCGCGGCCCGGGGUGUCAGUGUGGAGGAGACUGAGUAUUCUACCUUGUAAAUACUGUUAUUUGUAUAUACUGUAAAUGAUGACGUCGGUGGGCACUAACCGAGCCCGGGGAAACUGGGAACAACCUCAAAACCAAAACCAGACACAGCACAAGCAGCGGCCACAGGCCACUGCAGAACAAAUUCGACUUGCACAGAUGAUUUCGGACCACAAUGAUGCUGACUUUGAGGAGAAGGUGAAACAGUUGAUUGAUAUCACAGGCAAGAACCAGGAUGAAUGUGUGAUUGCUUUGCAUGACUGCAAUGGAGAUGUCAACAGAGCCAUCAAUGUUCUGCUGGAAGGAAACCCAGAUACGCAUUCCUGGGAGAUGGUUGGGAAGAAGAAAGGCGUCUCAGGACAGAAGGAUGGUGGCCAGACGGAGUCCAAUGAGGAAGGCAAAGAAAAUCGAGACCGGGACAGAGACUAUAGUCGGCGACGCGGUGGGCCACCAAGACGGGGAAGAGGUGCCAGCCGUGGACGAGAGUGUAUGCAUGGGGCUUUAUCAAAACCAGCUGUGGUUCGGGGUCAGGAAAAUGGAUUGGAUGGCACUAAGAGUGGAGGGCCUUCUGGAAGAGGCACAGAAAGAGGCAGAAGAGGCCGUGGCCGAGGCAGAGGAGGCUCUGGUAGGCGGGGAGGAAGGUUUUCUGCUCAAGGAAUGGGAACCUUUAACCCAGCUGAUUAUGCAGAGCCAACCAAUACUGAUGAUAGUUAUGGUAAUAGUAGCGGCAAUACUUGGAACAACACUGGCCACUUUGAACCAGAUGAUGGGACGAGUGCAUGGAGGACGGCAACAGAGGAGUGGGGAACUGAAGAUUGGAAUGAAGAUCUUUCUGAGACCAAGAUCUUCACUGCCUCUAAUGUGUCUUCAGUACCUCUGCCUACGGAGAAUGUGACAAUCACUGCUGGUCAGAGAAUUGACCUUGCUGUUCUCUUGGGGAAGACACCAUCUUCAAUGGAGAAUGAUUCAUCCAAUCUGGAUCCAUCUCAGGCUCCUUCUCUGGCCCAGCCUCUGGUGUUCAGUAACUCGAAGCAGAGUGCCAUUUCACAACCUGCUUCAGGGAACACAUUUUCUCAUCAUAGUAUGGUGAGCAUGUUAGGAAAAGGAUUUGGUGAUGUUGGUGAAGCUAAAGGUGGCAGUACUACAGGCUCCCAGUUCUUGGAGCAGUUCAAGACUGCUCAGGCCCUGGCUCAGCUGGCCGCUCAGCAUUCUCAAUCUGGAAGCACCACCACCUCCUCUUGGGACAUGGCCUCGACGACACAGUCCCCAUCACUGGUGCAGUAUGAUUUAAAGAACCCAAAUGAUUCAACAGUACAUAGCCCCUUUACAAAGCGCCAGGCUUUCACCCCAUCUUCAACCAUGAUGGAGGUGUUCCUUCAGGAGAAGCCACCUGCAGUGGCUACCUCUACAGCUGCACCUCCACCCCCCUCUUCUCCUCUGCCAAGCAAAUCCACCUCGGCUCCACAGAUGUCUCCUGGGUCUUCAGACAACCAGUCCUCCAGCCCUCAGCCAGCUCAGCAGAAACUGAAGCAGCAGAAGAAAAAAGCCUCCUUGACUUCUAAGAUUCCUGCUCUGGCUGUGGAGAUGCCUGGCUCAGCAGAUAUCUCAGGGCUAAAUCUGCAGUUUGGGGCAUUGCAGUUUGGGUCAGAGCCUGUCCUUUCUGAUUAUGAGUCCACCCCCACCACGAGCGCCUCCUCAAGCCAGGCUCCAAGUAGCCUAUAUACCAGCACGGCCAGUGAAUCUUCAUCUACAAUUUCAUCUAACCAGAGUCAGGAGUCUGGUUAUCAGAGUGGCCCAAUUCAGUCGACAACCUAUACCUCCCAAAAUAAUGCUCAGGCCCCUCUAUAUGAACAGAGAUCCACACAGACUCGGCGGUACCCCAGUUCCAUCUCUUCAUCACCCCAAAAGGACCUGACUCAGGCAAAGAAUGGCUUCAGUUCUGUGCAGGCCACGCAGUUACAGACCACGCAAUCUGUUGAAGGUGCUACAGGCUCUGCGGUGAAAUCUGACUCACCUUCCACUUCUAGCAUCCCCCCUCUCAAUGAAACGGUAUCUGCAGCUUCCUUACUGACAACAACCAAUCAGCACUCAUCCUCCUUGGGUGGCUUGAGUCACAGUGAGGAGAUUCCAAAUACCACCACCACGCAACACAGCAGCACGUUAUCUACACAGCAGAAUACCCUUUCAUCUUCAACAUCUUCUGGACGCACUUCGACUUCCACUCUUUUGCACACAAGUGUGGAGAGUGAGGCGAAUCUCCAUUCUUCCUCCAGCACUUUCUCUACCACGUCCAGCACAGUCUCUGCACCUCCCCCAGUGGUCAGUGUCUCUUCUAGUCUCAACAGUGGCAGCAGUCUGGGCCUUAGCCUAGGCAGCAACUCUACCGUCACAGCCUCAACUCGAAGCUCGGUUGCUACGACUUCAGGAAAAGCUCCUCCCAACCUCCCUCCUGGGGUCCCGCCAUUGUUGCCUAAUCCGUAUAUUAUGGCUCCAGGGCUGUUACAUGCCUACCCGCCACAAGUAUAUGGUUAUGAUGACUUGCAGAUGCUUCAGACAAGAUUUCCAUUGGAUUACUACAGCAUCCCGUUUCCCACGCCCACCACUCCUCUGACUGGAAGGGAUGGCAGCCUGGCCAGCAACCCUUAUUCUGGUGACCUCACAAAGUUCGGUCGUGGGGAUGCCUCCUCCCCAGCCCCGGCCACAACCUUGGCCCAACCCCAACAGAACCAGACGCAGACUCACCACACCACGCAGCAGACAUUCCUGAACCCGGCGCUGCCUCCUGGCUACAGUUACACCAGCCUGCCAUACUACACAGGGGUCCCGGGCCUCCCCAGCACCUUCCAGUAUGGGCCUGCUGUGUUCCCUGUGGCUCCUACCUCUUCCAAGCAGCAUGGUGUGAAUGUCAGUGUGAAUGCAUCGGCCACCCCUUUUCAACAGCCGAGUGGAUAUGGAUCUCAUGGAUACAAUACUGGUGUUUCAGUCACCUCCAGUAACACGGGCGUGCCAGAUAUCUCUGGAUCUGUGUACUCCAAAACCCAGCAGUCCUUUGAGAAACAAGGUUUUCAUUCCGGUACUCCUGCUGCCUCCUUCAACUUGCCUUCAGCCCUAGGAAGUGGGGGGCCCAUCAAUCCGGCCACAGCUGCUGCCUACCCACCUGCCCCCUUUAUGCACAUUCUGACCCCCCAUCAGCAGCCGCACUCCCAGAUCCUUCACCAUCACCUGCAGCAGGAUGGCCAGCUACCAUAUUUGCAGAUGAUUCUCUGUUGCCAGCGCCAGCAGGAGGAGCAGACGGGCAGCGGGCAACGUAGCCAGACCAGCUCCAUCCCGCAGAAGCCCCAGACCAACAAGUCUGCCUACAACAGCUACAGCUGGGGGGCCAACUGAGGCCCUGACCCUCCUCUCCCGGUCCUAUCUUCUGAGAGGGCUUCUCAGCCUGGAAACUAUGGAAACAGCAUCAAAGAGAGAAAGGAAUGUGGGGGGGUUCCGCUGCCCCCCACCCCCAGCGGCCCACCCCAUGCCUCAGCUUCAUGUCUGUCCCAUUCCUAUACCAUCCCCAUCCUGUUGUAUGUAUUAUAGGAUUUGUAUUUUCUUUCUUUUUUUUCCCCCUUCCUUUCCUCUUCCUCCUCCCUUGCAUUCAAGAUUAUGAAAUUUUGCUGUGGGCCCUGCACUUCCUUCACUUCUUCCUGUUCACCCUGGUGGUGUAUGGGUGAGGUGGGGAGGCGGGACCCCCAAAUAUAUAUCAGCCCAACAGCCCUAAGUCUCCUCCUUUAUUAUUAGGAAAACAAAACAACAAAAAAAUGGCGUCAUGAAUAUGAACAGCAUUGUCAGAUGAAUUAGUUAAAGUGGUUUUUUUUUUUCUUUUUCUUUUUUUUUUUUUUUUGU